UUAGAGCAGCUGCUGACUUAGAAGUAACAGAAAUGUCUAAAAUCAAAAAAUUCUUUUCACGCAAAAAAGAGGAAGCCGCAUUUAAGCUCAAAAUUGGUGGCGGUAUGGGACAAGGCCGCGCCUUGAACGCAGCUGCACCACCUCCCAAUACUUCAAGCUCUAAAUCCGGUAGCACUUACGAGCCGCCAAAACGACAGGAACUUACCUCUGAAGCUCGUGCAGCAGCUGCUGCCGCUUUGGCUCGAUUUGAAAAGAAAGAAUCGAAAGAUUUUAACACCUCAUUGGCAGCUAUUAAGGCGCAGGCUAAGCGAGAAUUAGAAGCAGAACAAAAAUUAAGAGCAGAAGAUCAGAGUUUGUCGUCAGGCGCGUCUGGCACAACGACAACCAAAACCAGAAAUCUAGCUUGUGAGGGGGUAUUCUUUCGGUGUCCUUUGAUUGGAGAAGAAAUCUUGCCACGAAAGGAAUGGAAAGCAAAAAUUAAAGAGUUUCUGUAUCAACAAUUGGAGUUUGAACGCGCAUUGACUGCUUGUCUGAUAAUUUGUAAUUGCAAUACACGUGAAAAGGCUGAUGAUUGCAUUCAGACGCUUUCGAAAUAUCUUGAAAACAUACAUAACCAUCCCGAUGAAGAGAAGUACUAUAAGAUAAGAAUGUCUAAUAAAAUAUUUAGCGAGAAAGUGCGAUAUGUGGAAGGAGCUUUAGAUUUCUUGAUGGCAGCUGGUUUUCGUGAAAUUGAAAUAGAUGGGGAACCCUUUUUACUUUGGUCUAAGGAAAAUGUUGAAAAUAAUUAUGACUUGCCAACGUUGCUAGAUGCGUUAAAAAAUUCUGAAACUAUAGAAUUAGAAUUGGAUAGAAAUAUUAGAGUGCUUAUGCCAUCUCAGGCACGAAGUGCUGAAUUGCCGGAUGAUUUCUACCGCAUCUCACCAGAGGAAAUCAAGCGUGAACAGCAGCUACGUACCGAAGCUAUUGAAAGUGCGCAAAUAUUGCGAACAAAGGCGAUGCGCGAGCGCGAAGAGCAACGCAAUUUGCGUUUAUAUCGUUUCGCAUUGAUACGUGUUAAAUUCCCAAAUGGUAUUUAUAUACAGGGCACCUUUAAUGUUUACGAAAAAAUUAGAGACGUUUAUGAAUUUGUUCAGUCUUGUUUAAUCGAUGAAAAUCUAGAGUUUAAUUUAGUUGUUACUAAUGGCAUCAAAUUCACCGAAGAAGACAUGGAAAAGACUUUAUAUGACUUGCGACUCAUUCCAAACAUUGUGUUGCUAUUUACUAUUCCUGGCGCAGCUAUCUCUGGUGCUGAUGAUAUAAAUUUUCUCAAGGAAGAAAUGCUAAUGCUAGUGCAGAAGAUAU